CUGGGUCAUCAGGCAUUGGAUCGUCUGGCUCGACAGCGGGCAUCGGGUCAUCAGGCAUGACAGCGAGCACUGGGUCAUCAGGCAUUGGAUCGUUUGGCUCGACAGCGGGCAUCGGGUCACCAGGUAUGACAGCGGGCAGAGGGUCAUCAGGCGUUGGAUCGUCUGGCUCGACAGCGGGCAUCGGGUCACCAGGCAUGACAGCGGGCACCGGGUCAUCAGGUACUGGAUCGUCUGGCUCGACAGCGGGCAUCGGGUCACCAGGUACGACAGCGGGCACCGGGUCAUCAGGCAUGAUAGGAUCAUCAGGCUGGAUC